UGGCGUCAACUUCUGAUCCUCUCACAGCUUGCACGUUGAGUAGGCCUACCUAAACGCCAUGCCUGCACGAAGACCCUUCAUUUUCGAUCGCGUUUGAGCACUUCUCCCGAGUCGCAAAUUGUAUAGAAAAAACCAUGCCAAGCUGCACGAAAACACAAACAUGAAAGCUCACAAAUCGGUGGUACCGCUGUGGGAUUGGUUGUUGUUGGAGGGAUCAGUACAUAAACCCGCUCUGGUACUUGAACAGGGCGCAGAGCUGUGGAGAAUGGCCAGCAGGUCCUGCAGCUGGACAAGUACAACUACACCACGUACCACCCUAUGGAUGAGAUAUUCACGUGGAUGGAGCAGGUGGUGAAGGCGAAUCCGGGGCUGGUGUCCUCUCAGGUGUACGGCCAGACGUACGAGGGCAAUAAUAUCACCCUUCUGAAGAUUGGCCUGGAGUCCAGCAGUCGGAAGAAGGCGAUCUGGAUGGACUGCGGGAUCCACGCCAGGGAGUGGAUCGCUCCGGCUUUCUGCCAGUGGUUUGUCAAAGAGAUUUUACGGACGUACAAAACAGACGAGCGCCUGAACCUCAUGCUCAAGAACGUGGACAUCUACGUCACUCCGGUGCUGAACGUCGACGGCUACCGGUACUCCUGGGUGAACGAGAGCACCCGCCUCUGGAGGAAGACCAGGUCGGCGUCCCGGGAAGCCGACUGCACCUGCUACGGCACGGACCUCAACCGCAACUUCUACGCCAACUGGGGCAUGGUGGGAAUCUCCAGGAACUGUUGUUCUGAGAUAUACUGCGGGCCCGCGCCGCUGUCGGAGAGGGAGGCGGUUGCAGUGACCGAGUUUGUGCAGCAGAGGGCCGAGGACAUCCUCUGCUUCCUCACCAUACACUCCUACGGGCAGCUGAUCCUCGUGCCCUACGGGCACCCGCAGAUCUCGGCCCCCAACUACGACGAGCUGAUGCGGGUUGGUCUGGCGGCUGCUGAGGCGAUGAAGGGCGUGCAUGGGAUGGUCUACACCGUGGGCACCUCCCCCGACGUCCUGUACCCGAAUUCGGGUUCUUCGCGUGACUGGGCGCGGCUGACGGGGAUCCCGUUCUCCUUCACCUUCGAGCUGCGGGACAAGGGCCAGCACGGGUUCCGUCUGCCGGAGGAGCAGAUCGGGCCGACGUGCGAGGAGGCGUACGUCGGAGCGCGCUCCAUCAUCGGCUACGUGCACGACAAGGCCUUCAACCUCACCACCACCACGGCGACCGUGCCCGUCACCACGCCCAGCGCCGCCGCCGCCGCGACCGGGGCCCUGUGGUCCGCGCUGCUGGCCUGCUCUCUCGCCACCGCCGCCCUGCUGUAAACUAGCAGCAUUACGCGCGGUUACGGCUGUGCUGGGA